AUGAGGCUUCCGACAUCGAUCGCCCUCCCCUUCUUCGGGGUCCUGGUCGCUGGUCAAUCGGUGUUGCGAUCCACCAGUCUCAACAGUUGCCAGGAUGUCUCUGGUUUCGAAGCCAGCAAAUUUGAUGUCGUCUUCACGCCUAACAACAACACCAUUGCUGUGAGAAUGGUUGCGUCAUCUUCUAUCGAGGAGUCUGUGGUUUUCGAUGCUUCUGGAUACGCCUACGGCUACGAAUUUCUUCACAAGGUCAUCAACCCGUGUGAAGUCGGUCUGGCCGGGUUCUGCCCCAUGCAACCUGGAGAUACCAGUAACAGGCCAUUCUCUAUUACGCUUUCUCCUGAGGCAGGUGCAGCAAUUCCGCAAUUGGCCUACCAAUUCCCAGACCUGGACGCCAGGAUCAAGGUUUUUAUCAACUCGUCGACGACUGGGGCAAGCUUAGCUUGCUUGGAAGCUAGAAUUUCGAAUUCGAAAACAGUUGAUCUCAUCGGGGUCAAGUGGGCUGCCGCGCUGGUAGUGGGGUUCGCGUUACUAUCCAGUGCCGUCAUCAGCGGUCUCGGUCAUGCGAAUGCAGCUUCGCAUAUUGCUGCUAAUGCAGUGGCACUGUGCAGUUACUUCCAAGCCCAAGCUAUGAUUGGACUCACGGGUGUUACCUUGCCUCCUGCGGCACAAGCCUGGACUCAGGAUUUUCAAUGGAGUAUUGGCAUCAUAAGGAUCGACUGGAUGCAGAGGAUUUUUACCUGGUACCAGCGAGCUACUGGCGGUACCCCUUCUCAACUCUUUUUCUCGCUUGGGACGGUAUCCGUACAAGUCUCGAAACGAUCACUCCAGCCAGCCUAUGGGCUUGCCAAACGUGCGGCAGCCAUGAUGCCAGCGUCUUUCUUGGAGCACGCGACGAAGUUGCAACGACGUGGAAAUGUGAAGAAUUCAUCCGGUAGCUAUGUCGUCACAGGCAUUCAACGGGUGGCAUACCGCGCUGAGAUCGAGUCCACCAACCUUUUCCUGACGGGCUUUACCUUUUUCUGCAUUGCCCUAGUUUUCACUGCAAUAGUGGUUUCGCUGUGCAAAGCCUUCUGCGAGCUGGCAGCCAAAAUGAAGUGGAUUAAGGGCGAUACAUUCGUGGACUUCCGCAACGGUUGGCGCGUAAUUAUGAAAGGCAUCCUUUAUCGCAUAACCCUGAUGGGAUAUCCGGCAGUGACGCUACUUGCUUUUUGGGAGUUUACCCAGAACGAUUCACCAGCAGAAAUGGUCCUGGCUGUAUUCUUUCUAAUAUACACUACUGGCGCUCUAGGUUGGGCCUCGUGGAAGGUCAUACAAAUUUCUCGAAGAUCCGUUUCUCUUCACCAGACUCCAGCCUACAUUCUUUUCUCCGACCCGCACACCCUGAACAAAUGGGGUUUUCUGUACAUCCCGUUCAGAGCCUCUGCGUAUUAUUACGUCGUGCCUCUGCUUGCCUACCAUUUGGUUAAGGGCAUGUUCAUUGGCUUGGCACAAAACUCCGGAAUUGCACAAGCAAUUGCCUUCAUUCUAAUUGAGGCUGGUGCGCUAAUUGCGGCCUCUGUGCUCAGGCCCUGGAUGGACAAGAAACUUAACAGCUUCAACAUUUCUAUUGCGGUCGUCAACUUCUUGAACGCAAUUUGCUUACUGAUUUUCACGAACGUCUUUGGACAACCGGCCCUGGUAAAUGGCGUAGUUGGUGUCGUUUUGUGGCUAUUGAAUGCCAUCACCACUCUGGUUCUUUUGAUCUUCUGCAUCUGCAGCACUGCCUUCGUGUUCUUCCGUGAGAACCCAGAUGGCCGCUAUCGAUUCAUGAGCGAUGAGCGUGCAUCGUUCAUGAAGUCUACGCACUCCCUUUCUGCAGCGAAUCAACUGGAUGCUCUCGCCAGCACGGCGCGUGGUGAGAAGACCCAUGGCAUCGGUCUUGACGAUGACGAAGGCGACCGAUCUGCAUCCUCACAGUCCCUCCAGCGCCGACCCGAGUCAAUGGCGAGACCGUCCACGGGCACAUCAGCCGGCCACAACUCAUGGAGGGACUCCCGGUCUCGCAUUGCCCCCACGCUACCAUUCGCUGGGAACGGGCAUGGGGCCAGUCCCUUGAAUCCCGGAAGUGGCCGCAACUCGCCAAUCAAGCAACUACAUGUCCAGUCUCCCCCUGCAGCGAGUACGCACAGCGGUCCUCCCUCACCAGCCUAUCGCUCUCAAAACAACUCUAGCCCCUGGCAGCGGGGAGCUGGGUAUGACCACGCAUCGUGA